GGCUCUCCAGGCUCCCCGACGCCUCCUGUUUGCCGCGGCCGCGCCAUCCCGCUCUGUCCUGCCAGUCCCGGGCGUCCCUGCCAUGCGCCCAGGCUAGUGCGCACAGGGCGCAGCGCCGAACCCGGCCGCGCCCUCCGCCCGCUCCAGCCACCAGCUCCCGCCGCCGGCAUGCUGCGCCCGCUGCUGCUCGCGGCGUUCUGCCUGGCCGGCCGGCUCGGGACCACCCGCGGCUGCCAGCUGCCCUCCGAGUGGAGACCCCUGAGCGAGGGCUGCCGCGCGGAGCUGGCCGAGAUCAUCGUGUACGCCAAGGUGCUGGCGCUGCACCAGGAGGUGCACGGCCUGUACAACUACCUGCCAUGGCAGUACGAGGCCAGCGACGCGGGGCUCUUCUACUCGGCCGAGAUCGAGAUGCUGUGCGACCAGGCGUGGGGCAGCAUGCUCGAGGUGCCCGCAGGCUCCAGACUCAACCUCACCGGCCUGGGCUACUUCUCAUGUCACUCCCACACCGUGGUCCAGGACUACUCCUAUUUCUUCUUCCUCAGGAUGGAUGAGAAUUACAAUCUCUUGCCUCACGGAGUCAAUUUCCAGGAUGCCAUCUUUCCGGACACUCAAGAGAACCGAAGGAUGUUUUCCAGUCUUUUCCAGUUUUCGAACUGUUCUCAGGGGCAGCAACUGGCAACUUUUUCCAGCGACUGGGAGAUCCAGGAAGACAAUAGGCUCAUGUGUUCAUCAGUGCAGAAGGCUCUGUUUGAGGAGGAGGACCAUGUCAAGAAGCUGCAGCAGAAGGUGGCCACUCUGGAGAAGCGGAACAAGCAGCUUCGGGAUCGGGUGAAGAAGGUCAAGAGGUCAUUAAGGCAGGCACGGAAGAAUGGUCGACACCUGGAGCUGGUGAACCAGAAGCUCAGUGAGAAGUUAGCAGCUGCAGCAGGUGCCCUCCCACACAUUAAUGCCCUGGGGCAGGAGCCACCAGGUGCCACGUACCUGCGGGGGUAACAGCGCUUGAGUAGUGGUCUUGCCUGGCUCUGCUGGAACAUGUUGCCUCUUGCCAGGGAUUGUAAAGUAAUGGUAGGUUUUAAUGUGCACAUGGGUCAAAAAGUCUUGUAGAUGUUUUAAAUAUGCAUUUGGUAGUGUCUAGUUACUUGAAUGGGCAAGUUUU